AUGGCGGAUAAGGUGCGCUUUAUCAAACUCCUUCGUUAUAUUCCUUGUCUGACCAACUAUCGAUUUACGGACGCCAAACGCCAUUGCCUUACCUAUGGAAGAGGUGGACCAGUAAAGUCCUUACGAGCGUUCAGGAGAGACAUCGCUUCUUCGCAAAUAAAGCGUUUCAUCGCCUUCAUAACAAGCUCGCACAUUGUACAAGAUUUGCCAUUCGGAGAAAGAUCCGUAACGCUUAGCAACAAAGAAACUAUAAAGAUACCAAACGUGAUGAUUCCUGAAAGAGUGGUCAAACAAUAUUUGGCCGACUGUGACAGGAUGAGUUUCAAGCCCUUGAGCCGAAGUACGCUUCUACGUAUCCUUGCUGUUUUAGCCCGCCUCUCUUUGAAAGUCACUUCAAGGCUUAGAUUACGUUAGUUCUGCAGGAUCGCAGGCAUUUGAAGACUUAUCCGACGUCGCAGAAAGACUUGGAGACGCGAGAAAAGACAUGAUGGGCUGGACGAAAGAUAUACAGAGCCGCCUUCGACUUGGAAAGUGUUACCUCAAAAGAGAUUACAAGGCAAAGGUUUUUCAUAUUCAUUAUGUAACGUUCUCAAACACGUUAACAGUUCUAAGAGCGGAAUACACGUUUGUAGAAGGUGGUUCUCUACCGAAUAAGCUCAUGCACCCGUGUGAACGAAAAUACCCUUUUACGAGAGAGGCAAGCUUCAAUCUGAGCAUGUGGUCUGGUCAACUGUCGUGUGUAAUUUGUUUUGCGUGUAUUAUAAGUGCACGCGUGUUAGGGUUCUACUGUGGCCGAUCACUGCAAAUUGUUUGCGUUGAGCGACCCAAAGGAGCUUGCCUUUCAAGCUCAGUGCGGCCAUCAUCAUGACGACACCUGCGAUCGCAACGACCAGCUAAUGUCAUCUCUCAGCGAAAUAGAAUCAGCAAUGAUCGCCCAGACAUAUAACCUGCUACCCGAAGUCAAGGAAGAACUUUCGUUUAUUGUAAAGCAAGCUAUAACAAACUGGAAGGCUCACAUAGUACGCUCCUCAAAUCAAGAUGCUGCGAGGAUCGAUAUCCUCGAGUCAUUAGAGGAGUCAUCAGUGCUACUUAUACUGGGCUAUGAAAUAUUUGCCGAGAAAAUACCGAGAAAGCCAAACUGGUUGGUUUGGCAAACGUGGCAUUACAUGGCACACCAGCGUAGCCUUCAGAAAGGUUAGCGAACGUCUUCCAGAGGUGCACUCAAGACAGCUGUGCGGUCCUCGCUAUCGGACGUUAUUAAACAACUCAAGACCAUCAUGCCAGAUCUGGAGACAGUCAGUUAUAGCCAAGACAACGCUGGCCGCUACCAUAGCGGGUCUACCACAGUCUGCGCAAACGUGAUAGGAAAAGAGUUGGGCGUAGCGAUCAAACGAUUGGAUUUUUCAGAUACCCAGUUUGGAAAAGGAGCUAGUGAUCGUAAGGCAGCCUUAAUAAAGUCACACAUGCACAUUCACUUAAACUCUGGCAACGAUAUCGAGAAGCUCGCGCAGAUGGUUGAGGCUAUUCUUUCUUCCGGUGGAGUGGCAUCCGUAAGUGUCACCCGCUGCGAGUCUAUGACAAACCCUCCGAUGGUCACUUGCAAAAUUGAUGGUGUGAGUAAACUCUCAAAUACAGAGCUCACUAUAGAGGGAAUCCGUGUAUGGAGAGCAUACGGCGUGGGACCUGGGAAACUGAUAUCUGCUCCGAAGGCUGAGAUCCCAUCACCAGAUACUCUGCCGUCAAUGGUAGUAUACUCCUGUCGCACCCAAGCUCUUUCUCCUCCGUCGUGA